AUGUUUUUCAAUGGCCCUAACAAUGAACCUGUUCUUUGUAGAGCUUUUCCUACCUACCUCGACGGCGCUGCGCUACUUUGGUUUUCAAAAUUACCUGUAGGUUCGAUCUCUUCCUUUGAAGAACUGGUAAAGUCCUUUAUAGACUACUUCGCUGCAGCACGGAUAUACGUACACGGAUCAGAUUACCUCGGCACCAUCCGCCAAGGUCCCCAAGAAAGCUUGAAAGACUAUCUGACCAGAUUUGCAGAAGCAACAAUGGAAAUACCCGAUCUUGACCCCACCGUACACCUGCAUGCCCUAAAGGCCGGACUCCGACCCGGAAAAUUCAGAGAGACAAUCGCAGUAACUAAGCCGAAGACAUUGGAAGAAUUUCGAGAAAGAAUGGCAGGACAGAUGGAGAUUGAAGAACUCCGCGAAGCCGAAAAAAUGGAAAAAAGACAACCGAGGAGAGAGGAUGACAAGACCACAAGGUCGGUAAAUAUCAAAGACUCCAGAAAGCCCUUCAGACUGACCCCAAAAUUCGACAACUACACCAAAUUCAACACAAAUAGGGAGAAGAUAAUUAAAGAAAUCCUCAACGCUAAAAUCAUAAAACCACCAGCAAGGGCAGGAAACUACCAAGACCAGCGAUUUGUCGACAAAAGCAAACAAUGCGCUUUCCAUCAGAAGUAUGGACGUACAACUAACGAGUGCGUGAUAGCUAAAGAUCUGCUAGAAAGACUGGCUCGGCAAGGCCUCCUAGACAAAUACAUCGAAGGAAGAAAGCAUAAAGAAGGUAACAAGGACCGAGAAGAACGCCAUCAAGCUCCAGGGCACAAGGAGGACAACAAAUGGUCAAACAACACUCCACCAAAAAGUAUCAUAAACUGUAUAUCUGGAGGAUUCGCCAGGGGAGGUGAAACAACUUCGGCGUGA